AUGAGGUCACUGGUGACAUCUUCGGGUCAGAGACAUCGCAUACUCCAGCGGAUACUGGACAGACCUGGUCUCUUCGGGCUCAUAUCUUACACUGCAGCGUUGUACUAUGCCUCAUUUAUCUUGGAUUACAAGAAUUCUGAACACACAAGAGUCAGUGAACAUGCUUUGAUGCCUGGAUUGGUCACGGAACGAUUUGAUAAAGAUGGAUUAGCCGUAGAAUACUUGCAAGGGCUCAAGGAGAAUGUUAAAUACAAGCAGGACUAUAUCUGCAAGUGCAUGGAAGAAGUAGGUCUUCAAUGUCACAAACAGCGCUGGUGGUCUACUGUAAAAUUGUCGAAUGCCUCUGGCACGAAUGUAUAUGCUGUUUUGCGCGCUACUCGGGCAACCGGAGUUGAGGCGAUGUUGUUCGCUGUUGAUCUAACACAGAGAGAAGCUUUAGCAGUGACGAUGGCCUACGCUGCAUUUGCCCGACAACAAGUUUAUUGGGCACGAGACCUCUUCUUCGUGUUUGUUGACGGAGGUGCAGCCGGCAUGGAUGCUUGGCUUUCCGAAUAUCACUUGGUUGAGGGCAAUGCUUUACGUGGUGAACCACUAUCAGCGGUUGGAGGAGUGAUGAUUGGUGGAGUUGUGAUGAAAGUA